ACCGGUCUCCACCACCGCCAAACCUCUCAACACGACGGUUCUUUUUUUUCUCUCUCCUCACGCAUUUCUUUUUGUGAUCUCUUAAGAAUGGCACCGGAACUAGUCCACACCAACGGAGCUCCGGUGAAGCUUCCCGGAGGUGGAAGGCACCGGCUACCACGGCGGGCGUACGUGACGUUCUUGGCCGGUGAUGGCGAUUAUGUCAAAGGCGUCGUCGGACUGGCCAAGGGCCUCCGAAAGGUGAACUCCAUGUACCCACUUGUCGUCGCCGUCUUACCGGACGUCCCCCAGGACCACCGGAGGGUUCUGGAGUCGCAAGGAUGCAUAGUUAAGGAGAUCGAACCGGUUUACCCACCUGAAAACCAGACCCGGUUCGCUAUGGCUUAUUAUGUCAUCAAUUAUUCUAAGCUCCGUAUCUGGGAGUUCGUGGAGUACGAUAAAAUGGUGUAUUUGGAUGGAGACAUUCAAGUUUACGAGAACAUAGACGAGUUAUUCGAGUUGCCGGACGGCCAUUUGUACGCCGUGAUGGACUGCUUCUGUGAAAAGACAUGGAGCCACACUCCCCAGUACCGGAUCGGCUACUGCCAGCAGUGCCCCAACAAGGUCCAAUGGCCCCACGAUCUGGGUCACCCUCCGCCGCCGCUCUACUUCAACGCCGGCAUGUUUGUUUUCGAGCCCGGCCUUGCCACGUAUCAUGAUCUUUUAAAUACACUCAAAGCCACCCCUCCCACCCCCUUUGCCGAGCAGGACUUCUUGAAUAUGUAUUUCCAGGAUGUUUAUAAGCCGAUUCCUUUGGAUUUCAAUUUGGUAUUGGCGAUGCUUUGGCGUCACCCGGAGAACGUCCAGCUCCGUCGUGUCAAAGUUGUUCAUUAUUGUGCAGCGGGAUCGAAGCCAUGGAGGUAUACGGGGAAGGAGGAGAACAUGCAGAGGGAUGACAUAAAAAUGCUGGUUGACAAAUGGUGGGAUAUCUACAACGACUCCUCUUUGGACUACAAGCCACCACCGUCGUCAUCGGCGGCGGACGGAGAUGGCGUGAACAUGCAACCUUUUAUCUGUGCUCUGUCCGAAGCCGGACCUGUUCAGUUUGUGUCGGCGCCGUCCGCUGCUUGACGGGGGCGGAGGGAGGUGAAUCUGAGUUGGAGAGAAACAAGUAUAUAUUAAUAAUGAUAAUACAAUGAUGAUGUAAUAAUUAGUUGUUUUAUUUUAUUUGUUUAUUGGGUUUGUUUUUUGUUUUUUGUUUUUUGGGAGAUGGGUAAGGGGAAAGAUUUGAUGAUGGAGUAAAGAUCAUGUUUGAGAGAUUUGUGUAAAACUUUUAGGUUUUUGUUUUC